GGCACCUGGGCUGCUGGGAAGCUGAAGCGCUCAGCGACUCUCGCUGACAGGCGCCUGGUAGAUCACACCUAGGAAAGUGGAGCCCACUUCCCUGCAGGCUUCAGGCCAGGCACCCCACAACUGGUAUCAACUGCGGUAGCGCGGUCUGCUGAGCGACGGUAGGCAGCCUGAACCGCAUGCAGACCUGGGAACAGAAGGAGCAAGAGUGCCUUUGAGCAGCUGCUGUCCGAAGCUCUGAUCUGGCAAAGUUGCGCGCCCAGAGCCGGGAUGGAAUCGGAGUUUUAAGAGUUGGGACUACAGAAGUUGCCCUGCAAGAAUCACGAUGCUGCAAACACUUUUCCUAACUGUGCUGACUCUGGCGCUGGUCACAUCACAGGACACGGAGGAAACCAUCACAUACACGCAAUGCACGGAUGGAUAUGAAUGGGACCCUGUAAGACAGCAGUGCAAAGAUAUUGAUGAAUGUGACAUUGUCCCAGACGCUUGCAAAGGUGGAAUGAAAUGUGUCAACCACUAUGGAGGAUACCUCUGCCUUCCUAAAACAGCCCAAAUUAUUGUCAAUAAUGAACAACCUCAGCAAGAAACACCAGCUGCGGAAGCAUCGUCGGGUGCCACCACCGGAAGCAUAGCAGCCAGGAGCAUGGCAGCCAGUGGGGUGGUCCCUGGUGGCGGCUUCGUAGCCAGUGCUACUGCAGUUGCUGGCCCUGAAGUUCAGACUGGCCGAAAUAACUUUGUCAUCCGGAGGAACCCAGCAGACCCUCAGCGCAUCCCUUCCAACCCUUCCCACAGGAUCCAGUGUGCAGCAGGCUAUGAACAGAGUGAGCAUAAUGUGUGCCAAGACAUUGAUGAGUGUACCUCAGGGACCCACAAUUGUAGAACGGAUCAAGUGUGCAUCAAUUUACGUGGCUCCUUCACCUGCCAGUGUCCUCCAGGAUAUCAGAAGCGAGGCGAACAGUGUGUGGAUAUAGAUGAAUGCUCUGUGCCUCCAUAUUGCCACCAGCGAUGUGUGAACACACCAGGUUCCUUUUACUGCCAGUGCAGCCCUGGAUUUCAGUUGGCAGCAAACAACUACACUUGUGUGGAUAUAAAUGAAUGUGAUGCCAGCAACCAGUGUGCUCAGCAAUGCUACAACAUUCUCGGUUCAUUCAUCUGUCAGUGUAACCAAGGAUAUGAACUGAGCAGCGACAGGCUCAACUGUGAAGAUAUCGAUGAAUGCAGAACCUCAAGCUACCUGUGUCAAUAUCAGUGUGUCAAUGAACCCGGGAAGUUCUCGUGCAUGUGCCCACAGGGAUACCAAGUGGUGAGAAGCAGAACCUGUCAGGAUAUAAAUGAAUGUGAAACCACCAAUGAAUGCCGAGAAGAUGAAAUGUGCUGGAAUUAUCACGGUGGCUUUCGUUGUUACCCACGAAACCCAUGUCAAGAUCCUUACAUUCUAACAUCAGAAAACCGUUGUGUUUGCCCUGUCUCAAAUGCUAUGUGCAGAGAACUGCCCCAGUCCAUAGUCUACAAAUACAUGAGCAUCCGCUCUGACCGGUCCGUGCCAUCAGACAUCUUCCAGAUACAGGCCACAACGAUUUAUGCGAACACCAUUAAUACUUUUCGGAUUAAGUCUGGAAAUGAGAAUGGAGAGUUCUACCUACGACAAACCAGCCCUGUGAGUGCGAUGCUUGUGCUUGUGAAGUCACUGUCGGGACCAAGAGAAUACAUCGUGGACCUGGAGAUGCUGACCGUCAGCAGUAUAGGAACCUUCCGCACGAGCUCCGUGCUGAGACUGACGAUCAUAGUGGGGCCGUUCUCAUUUUAGCCUUCUGUAGGAGCCUGCCACGGCAUUGAGACCAGCCAAAGAAUAGCAUCACCUUAAGACACUAUUUUAUUUAUAGCUAUAUCUAGUACAUCUAUACUCAGACAGCUAUACUAUGGUAGGAAGCGGGCAUUUAAUCUGUAAGAUUCAAAGUUUAUCUUUAUCACUGUGUGUAAAUAGACAUUAACCCAACAUUCUUCUUGAAGGGAGCUAAGCAUGUAUUAUCUGGUAAAACUUGGUUUCUUUCCUAUAAAAAUGGGAGCAAGCAAUGAGUUGUUCUGUGGUGUACGGAGAAAUGUGCACCACCUCAUACCAGCUAUCUUGACAUCAACAGCGAGGAGGAGGAGCUUUUUUAAUGCUUUGUAAGAAAAUGAAAAAAGUCAAUAAAGAUAUAUUUCUUUAGAAAAUGAGAA